AUGAAGAUCCUCUACAUAGGCAUUCUCAAGAACGAGCAAAAGCCCGCAGUAGAACUCGCCGCCGAGCGCGACCUCUCCAGCUACUCUCGCUUCACCCGCACAAGCGUCGGCGAAUUCAUGACUCUCUUCUCCAAGACCGUCGCUGAGCGCACCCGCCCCGGCCAACGGCAGGACGUGGAAGAGCAGUCCUACACCUUCCACGCCUACGCGCGCUCCGAGGGCGUCUGCGGCCUCAUCAUAUCCGAUCACGAGUACCCAGCGCUGGUCGCGCAUCAGCUGCUGUCGAAGGUGGUCGAUGAGUUCUUGACCAAGUAUCCGCGGUCCACAUUCGCGAACUCGGAUGCGCAGCUCGCCUUUCCGCAGCUGAAAGAAUACAUUGUCAAGUACCAGGAUCCGGCAGCGGCGGACAGUAUUAUGAAAAUUCAGAAAGAGCUCGACGAGACGAAGAUUGUGCUGCAUAAGACCAUAGAGAGCGUGCUGGAACGAGGGGAGAAGAUAGACAGUCUAGUCGCAAAGAGUGACGGACUGAGCGCGCAAAGCAAGAUGUUCUACACGCAGGCGAAGAAGCAGAACUCGUGUUGUGUUGUUAUGAGAGCCAACGUCGAAGCUGACUUGUGCCCAGUGAUUUAG